AUGGCAGGAAAUCCGAGGAGAGGCGCGGGUCUCAUCGGCUUGAUGAAGGACGCAUUUCAGCCCAAUCACCAGCCUCUCCAGCCUCCCCAACCUGCGGUGGUAGACAAGAAAAUGGUGGAGAAAUGCUGGAAACUAAUGGAUAAGGUAGGUAACAAGCCAUCUAAUUUCCUCAGGUCUUAUGGUAAGUGCAUUUGAAGGGUAGUGCAAUUGUCUAUUUAAAUAGCCAGAAUAGGCGUUAUUACUGCCACUUCUAGUGUGUGUGGUACACAUUCAGUGGACAGGGAGCCAUGUAUUAUGUUCAACAUAGGAGGGCCAAGCACAGGAAGUAGCUCUUUCAGUAGUUUAGUUGGAAUAGGGUCCAGUAUGUAGCUUGAAGGUUUAGAGACAUGACCAUUUUCAUGAAUGUGUCAAGAGAUGUAGGUUUAAAAACAUGAGUGUCUCCAUUGAUCCUAGGUCAUGGCAGUUUGUGCAGACUCAGGACAGCUGAGCUUUGGAGAAAUACGCAGAUUCAAAGAGGAUUCCGUAAUUUGCUUUCUAAUGAUCGUGAUCUUUUCGUCGAAUACCUGCUGUUUUCAACUCUCUUUCAACCUGCUAUUUCAACCUCAAAAUGCCCUGCUAUGAAAAGCCAAGUGACAUUUACUCCUGAUGUACUGACCUGUUGCAACCUCUACAACCACUGUGAUUAUUGUUUGACCCUGCUGGUCAUCUAUGAACGUUUGAACGUCUUGGAGAAAAUCUGGCCUUAAUAGCCACCCUGCUUCUACAUCUGCAUUGCUUGCUGUUUGGGGUUUUAGGUUGGGUUUCUGUAUAGCACUUUGUGACAUCUGCUGAUGUAAAAAGGGCUUUAUGAAUACAUUUGAUUGAAUACUCAAAAUAUGAAAUGCAAGGUUUGCAAAUGUCCAUAGUGUAGUAAUAGCAAAACAAUAGCAAAACAAUAGGACAGUGUGACAAGUCAAUACUAUUUAUUCUGCAAAAUGAAGGUAACAUAUUCAGGCAUUUCUUUAUUGGUCUGCAUUUUUUAUUUAUAAAAUGGGCUCCAAUACAUUGUUCCCCAAAUGGCCACAAUUUCCAAGUAUGCUGAUUGGGCUAUUUUGACUUCAGCAGAGUGUACAAGUUGUCUAUUCAGUUUCACAACAAAGUGUGAUGAACUAACCAUCAAGUGGUUAUUACAUUAUUCCUCUUUUGCUUCCUCACAAGCGUACCUGAUCCCUGUGUCUAAUGGCCUAUUCAGCUAUUACAACAAUACCAAGUAGCCCUAAAAGGUAUUAUUUUGUCAUGUAUUUUACAUUUGACACAACCUCAAGAAAUGAUAGGCCUACAAAAUGGUAUGUUCCCUUUCCUACUGCUGGUGUGGUAAAAAUAUACUAUUGUGAAUAAUAUUUUCUACAAAUCAAAUUAUAUUGGUUGGGUACACUUAUUUUGCAGCUGUUAUGGCGGGUGUAGCGAAGUGCUUAUGAACAAAGAUGAUAAGGACUACUUGGUGUACUUUCAAAAAGGACAGUUGAGACAAUAACACGGUACUGGCUAGGCCUGGUUGUGUGAACCAGCUGAAUUAUAAACAUCAACCAGACUGAAAAUAAUUAAAUUAGCCACAAGCAGGAGCCACAAUGUAAAGUUUUGAUUUUCCACUUGCCCGUAAAUAUCCAGGUCACUCAUACCCCAAAUGUACUCACACUGGUGUGUUUGUCAUGAUAAGUCCUGCCUGGUUCUCCUGUCCCCUCCAUUCAAAUACACUACUGGUCAAAAGUUUUAGAACACCUACUCAUUCAAGGGUUUUUCUUUUAUUUGUACUAUUUUCUACAUUGUAGAAUAAUAGUGAAGACACAAACUAUAAAAUAACACAUAUGGAAUCAUGUAGUAACCAAAAAAGUGUUUUUUCAAAUAGCAACCCUUUGCCUUGAUGACAACUUUGCACAAUCUCUCAACCAGCUUCACCUGGAAUGCUUUUCCAAUAGUCUUGAAGGAGUUCCCACAUAUGCUGAGCACUUGUUGGCUGCCUUUCCUUCACUCUGCGGUCUGACUCAUCCCAAACCAUCUAAAUUGGGUUGAGGUCGGGGGAUUGUGGAGGCCAGGUCAUCUGAUGCAGCACUCCAUCACUCUCCUUCUUGGUCAAAUAGCCCUUACACAGCCUGGAGGUGUGUUGGGUCAUUGUCCUGUUGAAAAACAAAUGAUAGUCCCACUUAGCCCAAACCAGAUGGGAUGGCGUAUCGCUGCAGAAUGCUGUGGUAGCCAUGCUGGUUAAGUGUGCCUUGAAUUCUAAAUAAAUCACCAGCAAAGCACCCCCACACCAUAACCAAGACUUUUGUAUUUUUGACUUUAUGUUUUGUUUACCCCAUAUGUUACUCUGUGUUGUUGUUUUUAUAGCACUGCUUUGCUUUAUCUUGGCCAGGUCGCAGUUGUAAAUGACAACUUGUUCUCAACUGGCUUACCUGGUUAAAUAAAGGUGAAAUAAAAUAAAAAAUAAUACCACCUCCUCCAUGCUUUAUGGUGGGAACUACACAUGCGGAGUUCAUCCGUUCACCCACACCGCGUCUCACAAAGACACAGCGGUUGGAUCCAAACAUCUCAAAUUUGGACUCCAGACGAAAGGACACAUUUCCACCGGUCUAAUGUCCAUUGCUCGUGUUUCUUGGCCCAAGCAAGUCUCUUCUUAUUAUUGGUGUCCUUUAGUAGUGGUUUCUUUGCAGCAAUUCGACCAUGAAUGCCUGAUUCACACAGUCCCCUCUUAACAGUUGAUGUUGAGUUGUGUCUGUUACUUGAAUUCCAUGAAGCAUUUAUUUGGGCUGCAAUUUCUGAGGCUGGUAACUCUAAUGAACGUAUCCUCUGCAGCAGAGGUAACUCUGGGUCUUCCAUUCCUGUGGCGGUCCUCAUGAGAGCCAGUUUCAUCAUAGUGCUUGAUGGUUUUUGCAACUGCACUUGAAGAAACUUUCAACGUUUUUGAAAUGUUCCGUAUUGACUGGCCUUCAUGUCUUAAAGUAAUGAUGGACUGUCAUUUCUCUUUGCUUAUUUGAGCUGUUCUUGCCAUAAUAUGGACUUGGUCUUUUACCAAAUAGGACUAUCUUCUGUAUAACCCCCCACCUUGUCACAACACAACUGAUUGGCUCAAACGCAUUAAGAAGGAAAGAAAUUCCACAUAUUAACUUUUUAAGAAGGCACACCUGUUAAUUGAAAUGCAUUCCAAGUGACUACCUCAUGAAGCUGGUUGAGAGAAUGCCAAGAGUGUGCAAAGCUGUCAUCAAGGCAAAGGGUGGCUACUUUGAAGAAUCUCAAAUAUAAGAUAUAUUUUGAUUUGUUUAACACUUUUUUGGUUACUACAUGAUUCCAUAUGUUAUUUCAUAGUUUUGAUGUCUUCACUAUUAUUCUACAAUGUAGAAAAUAGUAAAAAUAAAGAAAAACCCUUGAAUGAGUAGGUGUUCUAAAACUUUUGACGAUAGUGUAUAUCUGUUUAUCUUCCCUAUUCAUGCAGUCUGCCCACACAACAAUGAUAGAACAUAUUAUCAUAAAUCGUUGAAGCCUGAAAAAACACAAAUACACCUGCAUCUGUAUCCUGUUUUAAUUCCAUCCCAGUGUUAGAGUUAGCAUGAUUUUACUAGUGACAAUUUCAGUUCUUGUAAUAUCUAGGGCUAGACUUUCUCUCCUAACCACGUACCUUUUAGCAAUUAUAACAUAGACAAAAUGUGUUUUUGUCUUGACAAAGAUCAAGUGUUGACAUAGCCCAUACGUAAACUGAUGCAGAAAAAACAAGAAAUGAAAACAUUUUUACGUUUUAAUGUAGGCAAUUUCUCACAGAUACAUGUUGGAGAAACACGUCCAGGUUCCUCUGACCUCGUCUCACCCUCCCUUUCCCACGCAGGUGGUGCGUCUCUGCCAGAACCCUAAGGUGGCCCUGAAGAACAGCCCCCCCUACAUCCUGGACCUGCUGCCAGACACCUACCAGCACCUCCGCACCAUCCUGUCCCGCUACGAGGGCAAGAUGGAGACUCUCGGGGAGAACGAGUACUUCCGGGUGGUGAUGGAGAACCUGACCAAUAAGAUCAAGCAGACCAUGAGCUUGUUCAAGGAGGCAAAGGAGCGCAUGUAUGAGGAGAACUCUCAGCCCAGGUAAAAUGGAGGAGGAUAUUGAGCCUGCUGGGUGCUAGUCUGUUUCUGCUUUAGCCAACUUGUUGUUGUUCAGCUUUAAGGCUAGAACCAAACUUGAAAAGUAGGCCUAGGGGUUCCUAUCAAAGGUUUCCUUUCUCGUUAUCAAAGUGACUGGUAUGUCUUAUUUUCGAAGUGAUUUCGACCACUUGCGGGGAAGUAUAAGAGCAUUUAUGCAUGUCUCAGCAGUGUUAACCUCCUCUUGAGUGAAGCUUCAAAACAGGAACACCCUGGUGGGAGAUGGUGUGUGAUCAGUGUUUUGAAUCUCUUCCAAGAAACUACCCCACACCUCAAACCAAUGUUCCAUGAAUUAAGCACAGGUUCUGUUAUUUGCAAUGAUUUGUAGCCAUUUCCACAUGAAAAAAGACUAGAAAAUAGGAAUUGGACAUUUUCGUUAUUUAGUUGCAGCUAACAUUGUUUACAUUUACAUUACAUUUUACAUUUGAGUCAUUUAGCAGACGCUCUUAUCCAGAGCGACUUACAGUUAGUGAAUACAUAUUUUUGUAUACUGGCCCCCCGUGGGAAUCGAACCCACAACCCUGGCGUUGCAAACGCCAUGCUCUAUCAACUGAGCUACAUCCCUGCCGGCCAUUCCCUCCCCUACCCUGGACGACGCUGGGCCAAUUGUGCGCCGCCCAUGUUUAAAGCUAAGUGAACCGGUGAGGAGUUAUGCAAGAACCACUAGGCUAAAUGAUGAACAUAUCUUUUUAGGGUAUAUUUCCUCUUUUACUCAAAAAGACACUGCUAAGCUAAAAACCCAUCCUGUUUACUUUACAGCGUUCAGUGAAGCAAUCAUAGAACUAUAACUAUUUUAGUUCUGUGAAAGCAAUGAUGCUAUCAGUGAUUCUUCUGACUCACAAGUAGCACAAAUGCAUGAGCCAUAAUAGGAAACUGACGUGCUAGUACUCGUAUAUAAAAUGAAAUAGUUUGAUUGGGGAAAAUGUUUUCUCUUAAUGUGACUAUCUUCUAAACUAGUAUUCAGAGGAAUGUAAAAUAAAUUGUUUAGCCCCUGUGUAAACUUUAGUGGUCUAAAGAGGUAAACCCACCAGGCGGUCUCCAGCAUAUACAGUGGGGGAAAAAAGUAUUUAGUCAGCCACCAAUUGUGCAAGUUCUCCCACUUAAAAAGAUGAGAGAGGCCUGUAAUUUUCAUCAUAGGUACACGUCAACUAUGACAGACAAAAUGAGAUUUUUUUUCUCCAGAAAAUCACAUUGUAGGAUUUUUAAUGAAUUUAUUUGCAAAUCAUGGUGGAAAAUAAGUAUUUGGUCAAUAACAAAAGUUUCUCAAUACUUUGUUAUAUACCCUUUGUUGGCAAUGACAGGUCAAACGUUUACUGUAAGUCUUCACAAGACGUUUUCACACACUGUUGCUGGUAUUUUGGCCCAUUCCUCCAUGCAGAUCUCCUCUAGAGCAGUGAUGUUUUGGGGCUGUCGCUGGGCAACACAGACUUUCAACUCCCUCCAAAUAUUUUCUAUGGGGUUGAGAUCUGGAGACUGGCUAGGCCACUCCAGGACCUUGAAAUGCUUCUUACGAAGCCACUCCUUCGUUGCCCGGGCGGUGUGUUUGGGAUCAUUGUCAUGCUGAAAGACCCAGCCACGUUUCAUCUUCAAUGCCCUUGCUGAUGGAAGGAGGUUUUCACUCAAAAUCUCACGAUACAUGGCCCCAUUCAUUCUUUCCUUUACACGGAUCAGUCAUCCUGGUCCCUUUGCAGAAAAACAGCCCCAAAGCAUGAUGUUUCCACCCCCAUGCUUCACAGUAGGUAUGGUGUUCUUUGGAUGCAACUCAGCAUUCUUUGUCCUCCAAACACGACGAGCUGAGUUUUUACCAAAAAGUUAUAUUUUGGUUUCAUCUGACCAUAUGACAUUCUCCCAAUCCUCUUCUGGAUCAUCCAAAUGCACUCUAGCAAACUUCAGACGGGCCUGGACAUGUACUGGCUUAAGCAGGGGGACACAUCUGGCACUGCAGGAUUUGAGUCCCUGGCGGCGUAGUGUGUUACUGAUGGUAGGCUUUGUUACUUUGGUCCCAGCUCUCUGCAGGUCAUUCACUAGGUCCCCCCGUGUGGUUCUGGGAUUUUUGCUCACCGUUCUUGUGAUCAUUUUGACCCCACGGGGUGAGAUCUUGCGUGGAGCCCCAGAUCGAGGGAGAUUAUCAGUGGUCUUGUAUGUCUUCCAUUUCCUAAUAAUUGCUCCCACAGUUGAUUUUUUCAAACCAAGCUGCUUACCUAUUGCAGAUUCAGUCUUCCCAGCCUGGUGCAGGUCUACAAUUUUGUUUCUGGUGUCCUUGACAGCUCUUUGGUCCUGGCCAUAGUGGAGUUUGGAGUGUGACUGUUUGAGGUUGUGGACAGGUGUCUUUUAUACUGAUAACAAGUUCAAACAGGUGCCAUUAAUACAGGUAACGGGUGGAGGGCAGAGGAGCCUCUUAAAGAAGACGUUACAGGUCUGUGAGAGCCAGAAAUCUUGCUUGUUUGUAGGUGACCAAAUACUUAUUUUCCACCAUAAUUUGCAAAUAAAUUCAUAAAAAAUCCUACAAUGUGAUUUUCUGGAUUUUUUUUCCUCCGUUUGUCUGUCAUAGUUGACGUGUACCUAUGAUGAAAAUUACAGGCCUCUCAUCUUUUUAAGUGGGAGAACUUGCACAAUUGGUGGCUGACUAAAUACGUUUUUUCCUCACUGUACCACCACACAUGCAUUGCAGCAGAUGACACUUCUAAGAACCUCAUCACACUUUCUUACAACUGAAUGGGUGAGCAAGUAAGAUGAACGGAAUUGAAUCAAACGCAAUCGCUUCUUUAUUGCGCUUUCCCUUUGAUCGCCUGUAGUGAAUACUCCAGUUGGUAUUGCAUACCAAUCCCCACUCAAAGGUGUUGCUUUAGUAGACUAAAGUGUAUUUAGUAUCCAAUACCAAUCAUAAGCGACUAGGCUUAUACUGCCUAGCCUAAAUGUUUGACCAGGGGGUGCCAAAGUCAAAAAAUGCAUUACCAUUGGUCAACCUCAGGGAUAUUAGGUUUGUUUGAGGACCUGAUUUGCUAAGAUGAGAUAUAAGAACUUUUCUCCAUAGGCGAAACCUGACCAAGCUGUCACUGAUAUUCAGCCACAUGCUGGCUGAGCUAAAAGCCAUCUUUCCCAAUGGCUUAUUCCAAGGAGACAACUUCCGCAUCACCAAAGCUGACGCCGCUGAGUUCUGGAGGAGGUCUUUUGGUGAUAAGUGAGUUUGUUUUUGUCUCCUUUCAUUAUAUAAAAUGUCCUUAGUUGGGAUGCCGUAUUUACAAAAGGGGUUCAAAUGAAACUAAAACGCUUACCCAAAAACAUGCCUGGGGAUAAUUACUACUUUUGUAUCACUAAACGCUUUCCCCUCUGUAGGACCAUUGUUCCAUGGAGGACGUUCCGCCAGGCUCUUCAUGAGUUCCACCCCAUCAGCUCAGGCCUGGAGGCCAUGGCUCUCAAGUCUACCAUCGACCUCACCUGCAACGACUACAUCUCCGUCUUCGAGUUUGACAUCUUCACCAGGCUCUUCCAGGUAAUGAUUUGCAUGUAUUUGUAUUUAAGUUUCUCAAACUCAAGUAAUGAUGAUGAUGGAUGGGUUUCUAUAACGCUUUUCCAGGUGCCUAAAACACUUUAAAUGGAAUGGGGGAACUCAACUCAUUCACUACCAAAAUAGUUUUACACCCCUUCCAACACCAAUAUAUAGGGAAUGUACUUUCACUGCUCCCAAUUCCCAUUCCUGACCCACUCACUAUCAUAUUACUUUGGAUGAGAGUGUCUGCUAAAUGAAUACAAGGUCACUUACAGUAAGUGUAUUCAGGACCACUUACUCUAACAUUGUCAUCAUAUUCAUAAAUAAGUAACCACCCUAAAUAACUUGCUUCUCUGCUAUUGGAGCUUUCCAAAAAUGGAUGUAGCAACUAAGGAUUCUAGCUUUAAGCACGACAGCAACAUAGUACCUUUUACAGUCACAAAAUUAUUUUCUCUCUGGGGUGCCAAAUGUGUAGAAAGUUCACUGUAGAAGUUAACAAACCUGUUGGGGGUGGCUAAGAAAAGGCCUGCGACACCAUUGUGUGGGUGGUUAAUUUCAACCAUGGGUACCUUUUUAUUCCAUCUGAGGCCAUAAGGACAUGUGAGUGCAGAGGUACAGACAGCUGCUCUAUCAUUAUUUAGGGUGGGGUGGUUAAAGUACACUCAGUACGUCCUCUAUUGGAGGUAUCCCAACUGGGCGUGGCCUUUACAGUAGUUCCCUCGACUGUGUGUGCACAGAGGCCACAAGUGUUGCCAUAGCCUGACUCCGGGCAGUCUGAAACCAAAAUGACUUCCUCAAAUUAGCCCUGAGAAUUGAACUGGAGAUGCCUGUAAAUGUUUAACCAAUGUAGCUUGUAGUGCAGCAGUGGUUACCAGCCAGUGGCCCUGGAGAGCUACUGGGUAUGCAGGCUUUUGUUGCAGCCCACCACUAACACAUCAGCUUGAACUAAUAAUAAAUUAAUCAUCAAGACAUUGAGCUGAUUUAGAGCUGGGCUGGAACAAAAUCAUGCACGCCCUGUAGCUCUCCAGACCAUGGUUGAUGACCACUGUUGUAGUAAAUAUCAGGUGAAGAACCAAAUCAAAUGUAUUUAUAAAGCCCUUUUUACAUUAGCAGAUGUCAUAAAGGGCUUAUACAGAACCCAGCCUAAAACCCAAACGGCAAGCAAAGCAGAUGUAGAAGCACGGUGGCUAGGAAAAACGACCUAGAAAGGCAGGAACCAAGGAAGAAACCCAGAGAGUAACCAGGCUCUGAGGGGUGGCCAGUCCUCUUCUUGCUGUGCCGGGUGUAGAUUAUAAGAGUACAUGGCCAUUAAGGCCAGAUCGUUCUUCAAGAUGACCAGCAGGGUCAAAUAAUAAUCAGUGGUUGUAGAGGGUGCAUCUCAGGAGUAAAUGUCACUUGGCUUUUAAUAGCCGAACAUUCAGAGGUUGAGACAGCAGGUGCGGGAGGGAGGGAGAGGGUCCGGGACAAGGUAGCACGUCCGGUGAACAGGUCAGGUUUCCAUAGGCACAGGCGAAACAGCAGAAACUGGGUCAGCAGCACGACCAGGUGGACUGGGGACGGGGGCAGCCGGGAGUCAUCAGGCCAGAUGGUCCUAGGGCUCAGGUCCUCCGGGAGGGUAGAGAAAGAUGGGAGAAUUAGAGGGAGGAUACUUAAAUUCACACAGGACACCAGAUAAGACAGGAGCAUUUCACCAGAUAGGACAGACUAGCCCUAGCCCCCCGGCACAUAGACUAUUGCAGAAUAGAUACUGAAGGCUGAGACGGGGGGUCGGGGGACACUGUGGCCCUGUCCGACGAUACCCCCGGUACAGGGCCAACCAGGCAGGAUAUAACCCCAUCCACUUUGCCAAAGCACAGCCCCCACACCACUAGAGGGAUAUCAACAGACCACCAACUAGGACUGUGGCGGUCAUGAAAUGUUGUCAGCCGGUGAUUGUCAAGCAAACUGCCGGUCUCACGGUAAUUGACCGUUAAUUAACAUAAACACAUUUAGCAUCUCCUGGCUUCCACACAUAGCCUACAAGCCACUAAUGAAGACCUUUGGAACAUCUACAUUUUAGUCUAAUAAAUCCAUGUAACACCAUCACAAGAAAUCCAUUAUUUAUUUUAAACAGGCCUAAAGAAACAUGAUAUGAAGAAAAUGUAGUUUAUUUCAGAAGAACAGUAUAGCACAAUCUGAGUUGUCCUUAUGUUAGGCCCUGAUCUGGCUAUGCCAUAUGGCUGUGGGCUACACUAGUUCAUUUAGCAGACAAGAUUUGCUUAGAAUUCCGUUGCAUUAUUUUAUAUUAUUUUAUAUUAUGAAGAAUACAAUUGAACAUAGCUGAAUAAAAUAGAAAGGAUAUUUUCUCCAAACAAUUUGAGGGAGUGUGCACAUGCGGCUAUUCUGUGAUUAGCAGUUAACAAAGACACAGGUACUCCUAUAUGCUUAAUUUAUAGUUAUUUAUGUAACUUUAGUUGUGAUAUAAAUGUUGGGCUAUAUGUUUAGAUUUUUAAUAAUAGUUAGCUGCAUGAUGUGACUAAUGAUGAUUUGAAAAAAGUCGCAUGAAAGGCAUGACCUCUGCUUUGUUUUUUGCGCAGGCUGUACACACUUCAUCAGUCUCUCAUUCACAAUUUGACAAGCACUUGAUAAUGCCUCAAUUUUCCGGCUGCAUCCCCUUUUGGGUGGCCUUAAUGCCCCCUAAAAACAUCCAUGCCUUCUGCGGCCAGUGCCCGUUGUGCCCUUAGGCUGAAUAUAAUAAUUAUAAUGAGCUUCUCCCGGCUGCGUGCCGAAGCACCUCUCACUCACAUGGCUCUCCGUCAUGUGAUCGGAUCUUUCUCAUAGGCUGCAAGGGAAGACCGACACAUCUGGGACACAACUGCGCGCGUCCUUAUCCAAUUCCGAGGUGCAUAUUGAAGAUAUUGGAAGAACUGUCCACAUUUACUUUUCGUCAGCCAACAAGAUGAGUAGGCCUAACGAACAGCAAAAGCACUAGCCUAUGUCAAUCUACUAUCCCCUAUAGUACAAAAGUUGACCUACUCUAUUAUGUGCGAGAAAAUAAAUAUUCCAAACAUAGUCUGGGACAGUUGUUGUGGGAUGCGAUCAGUGGUGUAAAGUACUUAAGGAAAAAUACUUUAAAGUACUACUUAAGUCGUUUUUUUUGGUAUCUGUACUUUACUAUUUAUAUUUUUGACUACUUUUACUUUUACUUCACUACAUUCCUAAAUAAAAUAAUGUACUUUUUACUCCAUACAUUUUCCCUGACACCCAAAAGUACUCGUUCCAUUUUUAAUGCAUAGCAGGACAGGAAAAUGGUCCAAUUAAUGCACAAAUCAAGAGAACAUCCCUGGUCAUCCCUACUGCCUCUGAUCUGGCAGACUCACAAAACACAAAUGCUUCGUUUGUAAAUUAUGUCUGAGUGUUUGAGUGUGCCCCUGGCUAUCCGUAAAUUAAAAAGAUUUGCUUAAUAUAAGGAAUUUGAAACGAUUUAUGCCUUUACUUUUGAUACUUAAGUAUAUUUUAGCAAUUACAUUUACUUUUGAUACUUAAGUAUAUUUAAAACCAAAUACUUUUAGACUUUUACUCAAGUAGUAUUUUACUGGGUGACUUUCACUUUUACUUGAGUCAUUUUCUUUUAAAUUAUCUUUACUUUCACUCAAGUAUGACAAUUGGGUACUUUUUACACCACUGGAUGCGAUAGAUCCCAAAUUAAUACAACCACUAGCAUCAAUAAACCUGUUUUUAAGCAAUGAGCCUGAUGCAACAGAUGAGAACGUUUAGCUUAAAAUGUUGAUAAACUAUUAGGCUAUUUCUUCACAUUAUAAGCGCAGCAAUGCGCACACGGCAGUAGGCUAUAAGCGCGAAUGUUCCAUUAGCAGGAAAACACCAUUCUCAAAAGUGACCACAAAUGCGAAUAUGCAUGUAUUGCUUUUAUUAUAAAGGUGCAUUUAUAUGGUGAAAAUUAUCUUCCCCAAACUUGAAACUCAUGCACUGCGUAUGCAUGCCAUUUAGGCUCUACACCCAUUGUAAAGCGUAUUAAUGUGCUUUGUUUUAAAAGUUAUUUGGCCACUUUAGUUGUGAUACAAACCUUAUCAAAACAUAUAGGCCUAUGGGCUAGGCUACAUGAGCUAUGAUUAGGAAAAAGCCUCAAAAAUAAUAAUGUGCUCUUUGCCUUAAGCUGGGCAUCAUUCACAAGUGAUAAUAUAUUAUUCACAAGUGAUAGGCUAAUAUUGUCACCCAUCACACUGUUCUUGAUUUAAUAUUGUCUUUACAUAUACUAAAUAAUAUAUGUGUGAAAUUUGUUUUGAUUUAGAAUGGACUAUUAUCAUGCACCUGUCUCGAAACAGGGGCAACGGAAAAAAAUACAUGUCAUCUAUGCACUUAAAUAGCGAAUAGAGGACGCUUUUCACAUGGGUAAUUUUCAUCCCAGUCAGGUAGGCUCAAUGUCCUUAAUAUUAGGAAAGUUGAGAAAUGAAUAUAGUAGGCCUAGCCUAUAGAAAGCAGAUGGGAUCCUCCUCUUUUUAAGAGGUCAUCACUCUGUUCACACGCAAUUGCAUAGCCUAUAGAAAUGUUGAGCAAAAUGAGCUCAUGGGCUCUCAUGAAGUGUUUGAUUUAGAUUUCCGAUUACAUUUGCAUUGAUGUCAGAGUGAUUAGCGGGACAAUAGAGUGCUAAGUACCAGGCAGUUAGCAAGUUUGGUAGGCUACCACAUUUACAUUUUAGUCAUUUAGCAGACGCUCUUAUCCAGAGAGACUUACAGUUAGUGAGUGCAUACAUUUUUCAUACUGGCCCCCCGUGGGAAACGAACCCACAACCCUGGCGUUGCAAGCGCCAUGCUCUACCAACUGAGCUACAGGGGACCCUGUAAUGACCAUCAGCAGCAUCAGAGCUUGGAGAAGCCUAAUUACCGUGACUAAGCGGUCACGUGGAAUUUGACUGUCAUGACUCGUGACAGCCGGUGUGGCGGUAAUACGGUCACUGUAACAGCCCUACCACCAACUUACUACCCUGAGACAAGACUGAGUAUAGCCCACGAAGAUCUCCUCCACCGCACAAGCCCGAGGGGGCGCAUAACCGGACAGGAAGAUCACGUCAGUGACUCAACCCACUCAAGUUGAGUAUAGCGAAAAAAGCCUGGCACGACGUGACGCACUCCUCCUAGGGACGGCAUGGAAGAGCGCUAGUAAGCCAGUGACUCAGCCCCCGUAAUAGGGUCAGAGGCAGAGAAUACCAGUGGGAACACAAGUGCUUUUUUAGUUUUUUGUUAACUAGGAUUACGAUUUGUUGUCAGGGUUUUGACCAUGGUGUGCGUGCAUGUGUGUGCUUGCACGUGUGUGUGUGUGUGUGUGUUAUGUAGCCGUGGUCAUCUCUCCUGAGAAACUGGAACAGUCUGGCUGUCACACACUCAGGGUACAUGGCCUUCCUCACCUACGACGAGGUCAAAGCCCGGCUUCAGAGGUUCAUCCACAAGCCUGGCAGGUGAGACACACACACUGACAUACACACACUUGCAUGCACUUGCAUACACACUAACACACACAAACAGUGAGGCACACAGACCAUCCAAAUACAUCAACAUGUACACUCACAACUUCCCUCAUGGACCACACACACCUCGCUGAAUGUUGAUCUGCUGCUCGUUCGGCGUGGUGUAUUUUAGGGACCAUUCUACAUGUACAAUCGGUUUGCAAAUUACGGCCGGCCCUCACACACCACACGUCUGUGGUCUGCCUCUGUCCCAGUUAUAUCUUUAGACUGAGCUGCACUCGGCUGGGCCAGUGGGCCAUUGGCUACGUCACUGCAGAUGGGAACAUCCUGCAGACCAUCCCCCACAACAAGCCCCUCUUCCAGGCCCUCAUUGACGGAUACAGGGAGGGAUUGUGAGUACCAUGACAUAGCCAAGAUGAAAGAAUGACCAAAUACUACCUUCUCUGGUUCUAUGAAGGCGUUUGCUAAAUCUGUUAUAAAGUUUCCUCUGAAAGAGGUUGAAAUCAGUUUCUAAGACUACAAACUAAAGUCACCACAGAAUUGCACAUUUAAUUAGUUGAAAUAACAGGAAAUCAUACAGCCUGUGGCUUCAACUGGCCAUUGAAAUGUUUUGGUUUGUUGCUCUCUCUCCAGCUACCUGUUCCCAGAUGGCCGGACCCAGAACCCAGACCUCACAGGGCUGUGUGAGCCCUCCCCACAGGACCACAUCAAAGUCACACAGGUCAGACACACAUACUCACAUCCACUUCAGGUUGUAAUUCAGACUUCAGAUUCAAUUGUGUGACUCAAAAGUUUGCCUACUGUAAUUUUCCAUAGCUUACAAUGCCCUAAACUUACAUUUGUAUACUUAUUCAGAUUUAUGUGUGUCUUUCUCAAGUCAGAAUGCUGUCUGUUUAGAUGGAUGUUUCCUAAAGAAAUGUGUCCUAUUGUAGUAUGCAUACACUGAGAUAUUAUUACAUUUCUGUUGCAUCGCCUUUCUCUUCUCUGUUACAGGAGCAGUACGAGCUCUACUGUGAGAUGGGCUCCACAUUCCAGCUGUGUAAGAUAUGUGCAGAGAAUGACAAGGAUGUGAAGAUCGAGCCCUGUAGCCAUCUCAUGUGCACCUCCUGUCUCACUGCCUGGCAGGUAGGUCCCAGAGUUGGGUCACCCUGAAAUUGUCUAUUGUUUCACUCAAGCAUUUUGUACAUUUUAUCUGGUCAGAUUUAGUCUAUUUUGGUCCUGUGCUGUUGCUCUCCCCUCUUCCUCUCCUUUCUUUUUCUGUCUCUCUCUAUAGGAGUCGGAGGGGCAGGGCUGUCCGUUCUGUCGCUGUGAGAUUAAAGGCACGGAGCCCAUUGUGGUGGACCCCUUCCACCCCAAGAACAAUGGCAGCGGGGCCUCCUUCGCCAGCUUCCAGGGGCCCUACGGGGCGGAGGGAGGGGGCUCCCUGUCAGUCUCCCCGAGCAAUGACGAGGACGAUGACGAGCGCCUGGAGGACCCCCACCUCAACAUGAGCAGGCUGGCCUGCACCAAGGCAAGACCCCCUCGCCACCAGCCACCAUCUAGAACCAGACAGACUUUGUCAUGUUCUCUCGCUUUCUUCUACACACACCAUCUCACAACGUCAUUGUUUCCUUAUGUGCUCAAAGUGAAAAGGCAAUCUAUAAAAGACUUGGUCGUUUUCAGAAUUCACCAAUCAGAUACACCACCCUGUAAAUCAACAACUAAAAAAACAGCUCCUCCAUCUACAUGUUGUAGAAACAGUCUAACGUCUGGAGUUUGUUUUGAUGUCUCCCCUGUGUGUUUUCAGUUAGAGCGCCCACCCUCCCCUGUGACGCCACUGCCCCCGGUGCCCCCCCGGCUGGACCUGCUGCAGCCGAGGCCCCCCAGCUCCCCAGGGGCCCUGGGCCAAGGAGCCACACCCAAGGCAAGUGGAGAACCUAAUCCUUUAAUCACUUAAUCAAAUUCAAGCUUUCUUAUGUAUAUAAGGGUGUGUGACCAUGCAUGUCAUGUGGCAUUUACAUUUCACUAAUUUAGCAGACACUCUAAUCCAGAACGACUUGCAAUGAAUUUACAAUUAUAAAUUGCAUCCAGUCAUAUUAAUAUCUGCUCUCCCCAGAUUGCAGCCCUCCACAGAGACAAACCUUUGCCUCUCCCUCCUGCCCUGCGAGAGUUACCCCCACCUCCCCCACCCGAGCGCCCCUCUCCCCUUGGGCCCCCAGAGGGCCGGCUCCAGAGGAGACCCCUGCCAUGUACACCUCCGGAGCCCAACUGGGCCUCCAACUACAUGGUUCCCCGGCCUGUUGCCAAUGCCCCCCCACAGACCAACGGACCCAGUGACAGUGACUGCAUCCCCAGAGCAAAGCCGCUGGCAGCGACCAACGCUAUCUACUCCCUGGCAGUCAGGUAUGGCAUUUGUAUAGAUAUGGAUAAAAUAUGUGGUAUGUAUGUAAUGUAGAUGUUCAAUUGAGAUUAGUCACUCUGCCCUGAAGAGCUCAGGGAAAUGCAGGUUUUGGUUCUAGUCCAGCACUAAAACACUAGAUUUUAUGUAGUAGUGGUCUUCCAUUCCUGACGUGAUUGGUUGAAUCAGAUGCUCUCUGGGACUUACACUCUCUGGACCCCCUUUUGCCUCCAGAACAGCCUGAAUUCUUCGGGGCAUGUAUUCUUCAAGGUUUCGGAAACGGUCGUUGCUCAGUUGGUAUCAAGGGACCUAAUGUGUGCCAGGAAAACAUUCCCCACACCAGUACACCACCGCCACCAGCCUGUACCAGGCAGGGUGGGUCCAUGGACUCGUGCUGCUUACACCAAAUCCUGACUUGCCAUCAGCAUGACGGAACACAAACCGGGAUUUGUCGGACCAGGCGAUGUUUUUCCAGUCCUCAACUGUCCUGUGUUGGUGAUCGCGUGCCCGCUGGAGCCGGGUCUUCUUUUUUUUUUUUGUUGACAGGAGUGAAACUCGUGUGGUCGUCUGCUGCAAUAGCCCGUCCAUGACAAGGAUCGACGAGUUGUGCGUUCCGAGAUGUCGUUCUGCACACCACUGUUGUACUGCGCCGUUAUUUGUCGGUUUGUGGCCCGCCGGUUAGCUUGCACGAUUCUUGCCAUUCUCUUUAGACCUCUCAUUAAUUAGCUGUUUUCACCCACAGGACUGCCUCUGACUGGAUGUUUUUUGUUUGUUGCACCAUUCUCGGUAAACCCUAGACACUGUCGUGCGUGAUAAAUUCCAGGAGGGUGGACGUUUCUGAGAUGCUGGAUCCGGUGAGCCUUGCAGCAACGAUCAUACUACGCUCCAUGUUGCUUAGGUCACUAGUUUUGCCCAUUCUAACAUUCAGUCGAACAGUAACUGAAUGCCCUGAUGCCCGUCUGCCUGCUUUAUAUAGCAAGCCAUGGCCACGUGACUCACUGUCUGUAGGAGCGAUCCAUUUUUGUGAACCGGGUGGCGUACCUAAUAAACUGAUUGGCUAUAUUCCUUGUUGUAACUCAUGGAACGACUGAUCGGGAAUUCAAACGCGUCAUGUGUAUUACCUGGCUCAGUCUCUCUCUGUCUGUCUGUGUCUCUGUUUGUUGUUAGGCCUCCUCAACGGGCGUCUACUGGUGAGAAGUCGUCUGGGAGUGACGAGGAGAACGAGUACAUGAGCCCCACCUCUCUCCCUGCAGGAGGACCCUCCUGGGCCAUGGCGGGGGCUAUUGUGCCACCACCGCCCCAAACCACUAACCACGACUCACGGUGAGCACUCAAGACCGUCACUAUGAGGUGGCCCAGUAGAUUAUGAUUGUACCAUCCUAGAUGUAUGUAUUUCCUGAAUGGUUUAAAUCUAUGAUCAGUACAGGGUCAUGACUACUGUUUUUCUGAUGCCCCUCCCUCUGCCCGUCAUCUCUCCCGCUCUCUUUCUCCAUCCCUGCCUCUCUCUCUCUCCCCCCCUCCUCUCAUAGAACUGUGGUGUGUGAUGUGGACUGUGAGGACCCUCAGGUGUAUGAGUCCAUGUGUAACAUCAAGGCCCAGGCUAGUGCUGCUGAGCCUCUGCCCGCCCUGUCCCUGCCACAGCCGCCCCCAGAGUCCGGUACAUAGAGAUUCAUUAAGGAUCUCUAUUCUUACCUUUCUGAUGGCUCAUGAAGUUCCAUAAGUCAUACCUUUGUACAAUCAGAAAACCAUCAUCCAACUUGGGCUUGAAUCACAAUCUAUUUAUUUGCUACUAUACCUGGCCAGAAACGUACUAUCUCAAUGAGUGUGGCCAGUGGCCACGAUCGGAUUACAGUUCAUUUUGAUCCCCACCAUUGAUAGGGUUAUCUGUUAAGCCAGUUAUCAUGUAUCUCAGCACAUAGAAAAUGUAUAUUCUGUAUUCGGGGUAUUAAAAUCACUAUCUUUCUUUUUUUAACCCUUUAAUUCUCUUGUUUCCCUCCAGACUACCUAAUUCCGCCCCCUGCGGUUCCCCUGCACCGUGCGGUAGAGGAGAUCGAGGCAAAGGAUCUGUAUGAGUAUGACUACCCCCGACCCCAGGCUCCCCCGGCCCCCGCCAGGCGCACCCUCUCUGAUGUCACCGGCACCUCGGCCGCCUUCAGCUGCCUCACCAUGGACAGCCCGUCUACCAUGGAUGCCUGUAUGUAGCUUAGCAUUAGUGUUUUCAGUCCUUUUACUCUCUUGCUUUAUCAUGUUAACAGAGUUAUAGUUAUCAAACACCAUCUCAUGAACAUGUUCUCUCCUCUCUCUCAGCUAUGUUUGCAUCAGGUCAGGACCCCGAGCGCCCCCCUAAGCCCCUCCCCCGCAGGGUCAACUCAGACCGGCAGCCCUGCCCCCUCACCCCAGAGGCCCUGCCUGCUGCUGCCAGUCCAUCAGCGGGCUCCCGAGGAGCGUCUGGAGGGUCCGCUCCUGUUCCUGGCGCGGAGCUACCCAUCAACGGGGAGAUAGAACGGCUGAUGAGCCAGGGCUAUUCGUUCCAGGACAUCCAGAAGGCCCUGAUGAUCGCCCAGAACAACCUGGAGACGGCCAAGAACAUCCUGCGCGAGUUUGUCUCCAUCCCCUCCACGGCCCACAUCCUCACGUAGCAGCCGCAGCAUCACACACUAUAUCCUUUACCCACUGUGCCAUAAUGGAUAGCAUUUCUACUGCGCUAGUUGUGACAGGUCUGGAAGCGCUGUAUAUUGUAAGGGGAGGAGGACUCACCUUGGUCCCAUGCACAGGCAUCUAGUGAGAUCAUCUAAAGGGUGAGGGAGAAUGCUUCAUGUGGCCUCUGUACGGCCAAGCCUUUGAACCUCACAUGGUCGUUUGUGCUUGCCUCCAGUCUUGUGUGGCUCUAAGCAUUUCCUUGUUUCUGGGUACAGCGUAAAGUAA